CUCAUUUCCCAUUCAAACCAAAAAAACAAAAACACAACACUUUCAAAUUCCAAACAACAAAACAAGAAACAACCAUGUCUUGCUCCGUUGUCGUUUCAAGUCCUAAUGUCUUCUCUCUCCCCUCUCCUUGCCAUUUCUCUCUCUCCUCACCGGUUUUGAAGAGAAAGAGGCCGGCUAAGCUUCAUAUACCUGUUGCUUCUCUAACUAUUGAACUCCCGCCGGCGGUAAUUACUCCGGCACCGGAGAAGGAUGUUGUUGAGGUAGAGGGGAAUGGUUUUUCUGUGUACUGUAAGAGAGGAAGUAGGAAACACAUGGAGGAUCGUUAUUCUGCUUCUGAUGAUCUUUACGAAGAAACAAAACAGGCUUUUUUUGGCAUAUUUGAUGGACAUGGAGGUACAAAAGCUUCCGAAUUCGCAGCAGAUAACAUGGAGAAGAAUGUGUUAGAAGAAAUAACCAGAAGAGAUGAGAGUGAUAUUGAGGAAGCAGUGAAACAUGGCUACCUCAAAACGGAUUCAGAUUUCUUAAAAGAGGAUCUUCACGGUGGUUCUUGCUGUGUAACAGCAUUGAUCAAGAACGGUAAUCUUAUCGUGUCCAAUGCCGGCGAUUGUCGCGCUGUUAUCAGCAGUAGAGGUGUUGCUGAGGCCUUAACAUCUGAUCACAAACCUUCGAGAAACGAUGAAAAAGACAGGAUUGAAACUCAGGGUGGCUAUGUUGAUAUGUGCCGCGGCGUGUGGAGAAUCCAAGGCUCUCUUGCUGUUUCUAGGAGCAUUGGAGAUAGACACAUGAAACAAUGGGUGAUAGCGGAACCUGAGACUAAAGUUCUCAGAAUUGAACCUCAUCAUGAGUUGUUAAUCCUAGCUUCAGAUGGAUUAUGGGACAAGGUUAGUAAUCAGGAAGCAGUAGACAUAGCUCAUCCUUUUUGUGUAGGGAACAAUAAACAAGGACCCUUUCAAGCUUGUAAGAAGCUUGUCGAUUUAUCAGCAUCGCGAGGCUCUAGCGAUGAUACAAGUGUUAUGAUCAUCAAAUUACAGAAAUAUAUUUGAAGUCUCCAUACAAAAGAAGCCAGGUUAACUGGAGCUAUGAAACACCGACGCAAAAAUAAACAUCAGACACGAUAAUUACAUGUGUCAAUGUCGCCAUGAUGUCUGGUAUUGACAUAUGUCGGACAUCAGACAUAUCUUCAAUGUUCAGAGUCGGUGUUACGUAAAUUGGGAUUGUCGAAUUUUUUCAUUUCAUUCUUAACCUUCUGCAGUAGAGUUAGCAGAAGGUGUCCUGAAAUUAAGAGUACCUACAUUUUAAUCUGUAUAUAUUGAUUGUGAAGUUUUGUUAUCUCAGCUGAGGAGAUAAUAAAAUGUAUAAAGUAAAAUUUUUGUAGAAUGAUCUUCAAGUAAUAAUAAGCAUUUUUUUUUAGUUCAA